AUGACGGUUACGUUCAGUGUCGAAAAGUGUCCGGACAAGUUCGACGAGUACCGGUGCACGCUGCCGGAGCACUACCGGAAGCUGGCGGCCGAGCAGCUCCGCGAGGAUGAUCUGAUCCGGAAGCAGGCACUAGACCAGAUGCGCCAGUGGAUCGCGAAGCACCCGUACAUCCGCCGGUGCCGCACGGACUCCGUGUUUCUGCUGCGAUUUUUGCGCCAGCGCAAGUUCUCCAUCCCGAAGGCGUGCGAAAUGCUCGAGCGGUACCUGGCCCUUCGGCAGUCCUUCCCACAUUGGUUCCAGGGACUCGACCCGUACGAUAAGACCAUGGUGGCGCUGGGGGAGGAGGAGGUGUUCCACGUGCUCGGGUUCGACGCCAAGGGCCAGAUCGUCAUCCUGAUCAAGUCGCGUAACUUCCGCGUGGACAAGUACGAUCUGGUCGACCUGAUCCGGUACCUGCACAUGAACAUGGAGAUCCUGUCCAACGACGAGCAGGUGCAGGUCGCCGGUGUCGUGCUGGUGGUCGACUGCUUCGAAGCCACCAUGGCCCACUUCACGCUGUUCCGGUUGAGCGAGAUGCGCAACAUUGGGCCGUACAUCAACCACCUGCUGCCGAUUCGGUGCCGCGAGAUUCACGUCAUCCGGCUGCCGAAGGUGGCCGCCUCGAUCGUCGAUCUGCUGUUUGCCUACGUCAGCCCCAAGCUGAAGCAUCGGUUCUUUUUCCACAAAACGCUCAACGAAGCAGUCAACCACCUCGGCAAAACGCUGCUACCCACCGAAUACACCAACGAGGAUGUCGAGCCGAAAGCCCUGACACCCGUUUACGGCAAGCGCAUCCUCGAGAGUCGCGAGGAGCUGAAGAUGCUGGACGAGAUGGAAAUCGAUGUGGCAAAGUUUUCGUCCGUCUGGAGCAAGACAGGAUGCGCACCGGGGGGCAUCGAUGCCGGUAUGGUGGGCAGUUUCCGCAAGCUGGACAUCGAUUGA